UUAAAUAGUAAACUGGUCAAGCGAAUCGAUUAGCCAAGCGUUUGACCAAAUCUUUAAUUUGACACUUAUCAGUCAAUUUUUAUUUUUCUUCAUUUUUUAAAAAUUAGUAUUUCGUGAUGGACUUAGUAACGAUGAACAAAUGCCGUGUUAUAUUUUUCGCAUGGAUUUUUAUUAUUCCUGUUAAUUGUUUUCUUAGAAUGGACCAUGGACAAAAUCAGCAAACAAAUUUAGAAUACAUAAACAUACACAUAACACAGGGAGGAAGAACUAAACGAUCUACAGACGCAACAUUCCAUCCAGAAACAUACGACCUUGAUGUACCAUUGCCAAAGUCCCAUCUUAACUUACAUUUGACCCGGAAUGACAACAUUAGAACGUCAGUACCGACACUUAGCAUCAAAGGCAACUCGGUGACAUAUAACAACUUAGAAGACAAAAUUGAAUCCAUUUUUUACCAAGAUGUAGGGCAUGGUGCAGUGUUUGUAUAUCAAUAUGACAAAUUCAAAGAAACGCAUAUGUUUGGAACCUUCAAUGUGGGUAGCGAGGUAUAUAUCGUUCAAACUCCCAAAAAUAAGACAUACACAAAGCUGAAGUCUGGCUUCAAUCAGUUCGAAAUUAGAAAGGAAAAUAUCCCUGAAAUUGAUUUCAAUGACUUUCUAGGAAAAGCUAAUACAACAAAGCAAGCGACAUUUACUAACAGAAAUCACAGACAUAAAAGGGCUACUGGAUUACACCAGUUAGAGUUACUGAUAGUGGUAGAUUAUGCUGUUUAUAAGUAUUGGUAUGACCAAAGUACACAGACAUCUACAUCACAAAAAGAAACAGAAGCUCUAACAUCAGUAAGGCAGUACUAUGCCUUUGUCAUUACUGGUAUGGACGGAAUGUACAAAAACAUACAAACGUCAUCAUACACCAUUGAUAUUGUGUACGCUGGUAUAGUUAUUGCACAGACUCCAUCAGAUGCUACAUGGACAGAAACAAUAAAAGUCACAUCAUUUACACCGAACCUAGUAGAUUCAUCUACUGCUCUGCAGAACUUUCAGACAUGGAAUCGUAACCCACCAUUCAGUCUACCAGGCCAUGAUCACGCAAUGUUGUUUACGAGGUACGAUCUAACAGCUAGUGGAUCAACCGGCAAUGCAGGACUUGCAUACAUAGGUCGAGUCUGUACUACCAGUAGUCAAUCUAUUGUGGAAGAUGGAUUCAACUUUGUUAUCAUAUCAGUGGCAGCACACGAAUUGGGACAUUGUUUGAGUGCAGAACAUGACGGCGAAGGAAAUGCCUGUAGUGGUAGUGAUGCCUAUAUCAUGGCGUCUGGGGUCAGUCCACAGACCGACGCAGCUACCGCUACACACCCAUGGAUAUUUUCAACAUGUUCUACUUCUUAUUUUACGAAUUACAUCACAAACUCAUUGGAUUCAGUGGGAAAUAAUUGUAUGAAGACGUUAAGUUCAGGAUUUGACCCUACAGGACUAACACCUUAUGACCAACAACUAGCAGGACAAGUAUUUUCAGCAGAUGAACAAUGUGUACAGAUACGUGGAAGUGGAUCAUCUUUCUGCAAUGAUCGCUAUAAUGGUGAUUUUUCUACUGUGUGUACGGUGUUAUGGUGUGCUGAUCCGUCUGGUAACGGGUUCUGUAAUGGGAAUAUAGGAGGUGAUGGAACGCUUUGUGGUAAUAAAAAGUGGUGCAAAACUGGAGUAUGUGUGUCUGAUGUCAAUGCACCGUCUGGAGAUGAUACUUGUCUAUAUGGUGAUAGAAAGGGUGCAAUAUACAGCGACGGAAGAACAUGUGUUGAUUUGGUUACUGAAAAUAAAGCUUUUUAUUGUCAAAAUGUUGGUCAAUCUUGUUGUUAUUCUUGCUCCGACUCAACAACAACGUCAACAACAACGACAACUACUACCACUACUCCCGGACCAACUACGUCAUCAACAACCACUACCCCUGGACCAACCACGUCAACAACUACUACAACCCCCGGACCAACUACCACUGCAUUAUCAACCACGACAACGCAAAGCCAGGUCAAUGAUGCCGAUCAGCAGUGUGUACAAAAUCGAGGUACAGGGUCAAAUAUGUGUAGGUACUUUUACAACGGAGAUUAUUCUUCAAUAUGUACAACUCUUUACUGUGCUGAACCAAAUACAAAUACGUGUUACCAAUAUAGUGGUACUGACUACACACUCUGCGGAAAUCAAAAGUGGUGUAUAUCUGGAGUGUGCACGUCCGAUUCAAGUGCCCCUGUUGGAGACGAGACCUGUCUCUAUGGAGAUCGCAAAGGUGUAAUUUUUAACAAUGGUUGGACUUGUGAAGAUAUGGUCAGGGAAGCACCCAAUAAUUGUGUAAGUGUACCGACUGAAUGCUGUGCCUCGUGUGCACCUACAACAACAACAUCAACAACUACUCCUACUACGACAACAACGUUAGUAACAACUACAACAGCUCAGCUUACAACAACUGAAGAAACAACAACUACAGUUCAACCUACAACCACUGAAGAAACGACUACAACAGUUCAGCCAAAAACAACUGAAGUUAUAACAACUACAGUUCAUCCUACAACAACUGAAGAAACGACUACAACCGUUCAACCUACAACAACUGAAGAAACAACAACUACAGUUCAACCUACAACAACUGAAGAAACAACUACAACCGUUCAGCAAACAACAUCUGAAGAAACGACGACAACCGUUCAACCAACAACAACUGACGAAACAACAACUACAGUUCAACCUACAACAAUUGAAGAAACAACUACAACAGUUCAGCCAAAAACAACUGAAGAAACCAUUACAAAAGUUCAACCCUCAACAACUGAAGAAACGACUACAACCGUUCAACCUACAACAACUGAAGAAACAACAACUACAGUUCAACCUACAACAACUGAAGAAACAACAACUACAGUUCAACCUACAACAACUGAAGAAACAACUACAAGCGUUCAACCAACAACAACAGAAGAAAUAACAACUACGGUUCCAUCCACAACAACUGAAGACACAAUUACAACAGUUCAGCCAACAACAACUCAAGAAACGACGACAACCGUUCAAUCAUUAACAACUGAAGAAAAAACUACGACAGUUCAGCCAACAACAACUAAAGAAACAACAACUACGUUUCAACCAACAACAACGGAAAAAACGACAACAACCGUUCCGCAAACAACAUCUGAAGAAACGACGACAACCGUUCAACCAACAACAACUACAGUUCAACUUAUAACAACUGUAGAAACAUUUACAACAGUUCAGCCAACAACAACAGUUCAACCUACAACAACUGAAGAUACAUCUACAAGCGUUCAACCAACAACAACUGAAGAAAUAACAACUACAGUUCAACCUACAACAACUGAAGAAACAACUACAACAGUUCAGCCAACAACAACUGAAGGAACAACAUCUACAGUUCAACCUACAACAACUGAAGAAACAACUACAACCGUUCAGCCAACAACAACUGAAGAAACGACUACAACUGUUCAGCCAACAACAACUGAAGAAACGACUACAACCGUUCAGCCAAAAACAACCGAAGAAACUACCACUUCAGUUCAACCUACAACAAAUGAAGAAACGACUACAACCGUUCAUCCAACAACAACUGAAGAAACUACAACUACAGAAAAUCCUACAUCAACACAACAAACGACUACAACCGUUCAACUAACAACAACUGAUGAAAUGACUACAACCGUUCUGUCUGCAACAACUGAACAAGCGACAACCAAAGUUCACCUUUCAACAACUGAAGAAACAACUACAACCGUUCAGCCAACAACAACUGCACAAACGACUUUAACAGUUCAACCAACAAUAACUGAAGAAACGACUACAACCGCUCAACCUACAACAACUGAAAAAACAACAACUACAGUUCAGCCAACAACAACUGAAGAAAUAACAACUACUUUUCAAUUUACAACUGAAGAAACGACUACAACCGUUCAGCCUACAACAACUGAAGACACAACUACAACCGUUCAGUCAACAACAACUGAAGAAAUAACAACUAUUUUUCAUUUGACAACAACUGAAGAAGCGACUACUACCGUUCAGCCUACAGCAACUGAAGAUACAACUACAACCGUUCAGCCUACAACAAAUGAACAAACGACAACUUCAGGUCAGCCUACAACAACUGAACAAACGACAACAGUUCAGCCAACAACAACUGAACAAACGACAACAGUUCAGCCAACAACAACUGAACAAACGAUUACUGUAAUUCAGUCUACAACAACUAAACAAACUAGAACAGUUCAGCCAACAACAACAGAAAAAACAACAGCUACAGUUCCACCUUCGACAACAGAACAAACGACAACAACAGUUCAGCCUACUACAACUGAAUAUACGACUACAGUUCAGGCGUCAAAUACUGAACAAACGACAACAGUUCAGCCUACAACAACUGAAGAAACUACCACAACAGAUCAACCUAAAACAACUGAAGAAACUACUACUGGAGUUCAGCCUACUACAACUGACGAAACUAUCACUACAGUUCAGCAAACAACAACUGGACAAACAACAACAGUUCAACCAACAACCACUGGAGAAACUACCACUACCGUUCAGCCUACAACAACGACAACAACGCCCACAACGACAACAACGCUGACAACGACAACUAAGCCCACAACUACAACAUCUCAACCUUCUAUCACCAUCGAGUAUAGAUACAGAUGCAGACUUCGGAUUAGGAUUACAGUUACAAUCAGUCUUACCGAUACAACUACUCCAGGAUAUCGACGUCUUUUCAACCAGGUUCUCAUAGCGCUAACGAAUUAUUAUAGACGAUCUAGAUCAUGUAGACGUUCCUUUAGGAGAAUAGUUCUUAUUUCAAUAAGAGCUGGUAGCUUGAUACCAGAGUACGAGGUUUAUCUAGAUGAACCUUCUCCUGGUGAUGUCAUUGCGGCUGGUUACGACUUAACCACUGGAACUGGAAACUUAACAAUAGGAAAUGAAACAGUUGAGGCAGAGACAUCGUCUGUUACAUUAGAUAACCAAACAGCAACUGUCACUUCAGGCGAUAACUUGUGUGAUGCAUUUAACCAAAUUAACAGCUGUCCUGAUGACUAUAGUUGUAGUAUUAAUGCUAGUACUGAUGCCCCAUACUGUGCACUUCUGAUAACAGAAACAGACAAUUACAGUUUGAUACUAGGAUUAGCAGUUGGUAUACCGAUGGUUUUCUUACUUUUCGUGUUUACUAUUCUUCUAUGUAUUUGUUGUAAAAGACAAAAAACAAAAACAAAAUAUAUAGAAGAGGAUCAAGACAGACCUCUUCCUAUAGAAGAAAGAUUUUUCGCUAGUAAUGUGGCCAAACGGUUUAACAGUUUUGGGAGAAAAGAUUUUCAAACCUUUGGAGGAUAUUGGGAUAAUGGAUCUUUUGAGUCCCAAGAAGAUAUCGAAAGAACGUCACAUAUUGGCAAAAAGUCAAAUUUUUCUGGUCAAAGUAAAAAAUCUACAAAUGAAUACAAACAAAAAGGACAGAGAAAUUCAUAUACUUCAAACGGACAGAAUGGUCGAUUAUCGCACAUAUGAAGAUUUGCUCAGUUGUUGCGUUUAUGAAGAUUUGCUCAAUUGUGGCGUUGGUGAAGAUAGUUGCUCAAUUGUAGCGUUUAUGAAGAUUUACAGACAAUUUAUUUAAUAUGACAGCAUUCUAAAUUAUUUUAUAUUAUAUUAUUUUAUGUUAAAGUAUAUUAAUAUAUUAUAAAAAAUUGAAUCAGUGACAAAGUUUUAUUAUUUCAAAUUUAUUUAGUCAUAAAAAUGGUGUAGUCUGUACUUUGAUACCGUCUUGAUUUUAACACUGUUAUUUGGUUUUUUAGUGAGUAAGGUAAUAACACAAUGUUGACUGAUGUACCUCUAUUUUUGAAGAAAAUUUUAGCAACUGUCAUUAAGUGAGAGGUUUAUCUACCUAUAAAACGAGCGUCAAUCCACCAUUCUCGACAUAAGGAAACGUCUGUUCCAUGUCAGGAAUAUGACAGUUUUUUUUUCAUUGGUUUCAUGCGUUUUAGCUUAUGAUUUUACCAUUUCAUGAGGGACUUUCUGUUCUUCAUUUUCCUUGGAAAUCGGUAUUUUUGUUAUUUUAGUUUAUUUCUCCGUUUGUAAUUUAAAGAAUUAUUAAGAAACUAAGUUUCUAUCUUACUCAGACAAAGUUGACUUUAGAUUAAUUCGGCUGUUCAAUUUAGGUCCCUUUUGUUCAUAUAGGUUCUUAUAUUUUGGACCAAAUAUGGUAAAGGUUGAAAU